AUGCCCUCCCCCAUCUCCCUUGCAUGGGCAGAGCAACUGGACCGCAUAGAAGAGGGCCUGGACCAGAUCAACAAGGACAUGAAGGAGGCUGAGAAAAAUCUAACUGACAUGGCCAGGUGUUGUGAGCAACUUGAGCGGACUGAGGAAGGGCUGGACCACAUUAACCAGGACAUGAGGGAAGCUGAGAAAAACCUUACAGAUCUGGGCAAAUGCUGCGGUCUGUGCUCCUGUGAUAAACUAAAGGACUUCGGAGCAAGUGGGGCGUAUAAGAAGGUUUGGGGUAAUAAUCAAGAUGGGGUGGUGUCUAGCCAGCCCUCUUCUCGAGUUGUGGAUGAAAGAGAGAAGAUGACCAUGAGCGGUGGAUAUAUUAGAAGAGUGACAAACGAUGCAAGGGAGGAUGAAAUGGAGGAAAACUUGGCACAGGUCGGCAGUAUCCUUGGCAACCUCAGAAGCAUGGCACUUGACAUGGGCAAUGAAAUCGACACUCAGAACGUCCAGAUUGAACGCAUACAGAGCAAGGCCAUGGUCAAUGAAUCCCGCAUCAAUGAGGCCAAUCAGAGGGCCACAAAGCUAAUAGCAAGAUAA